CAAUUUUGACAGCGAGUCGGUGUGUUUUUCGGAAUUUGUGUUAGGCGACAUUUUUCGUCUCCAACUUUUAAAAAAUAACAUCGCCUGAUAAUCGGGAUACGCCUUACAUUGUCAUCAAACCCCUGACAGAACGAAAGAAGUACAAUCACUAUAACGGCCCCACCGAGGACGUCAUUGAUACGCAAUAUUAUAUUUUGUAUCCAGAUUUACCCUAGGUACUAGCCUACGUGUAGCCGCUGACUCGCGAGUACCAGUGGCUCCAAGCUUCACUUCAAGAGCCGCGAAGAGGCGACAACGACUGAGAGAAGCGAUGAUUGAUGUGAAGCUUUGGAGCCUCUGGUACCCAUGGAAAUGCAGCUUUUAUACGUCGAAUUGAAUUUGACUGUGCGAGACCUUUCGUUAUUGUUAAGCGUGAAGUAUUGUAAAGGCUUCAUACACGCCAAAAUAUCAAUUCGAGGAGAAGAGACGUGACUACAAGUAUAACAAACAAGUGGAUCAAAAUGGAAAAAAACAAAGUCAUAUCGAACAACACGUUGAUUAUUGUUCUGGUGCUAGUUGCAUUUGUUUCAUUCUAUGGUCUAAUUUUAACGAUGGAAACAACCCCACGGCAGCCAAGAAUGAAGGCUGUCGCUUAUAGAAAGUUGAAUACUUCUCGAGCACAUGCGGCAUCUACACCAAUCAAGCAAAACAGAAGCACCUUAACAGAAAGAAAGCUCGUGCUUUUCUAUACUGGGUUCUUUGGUGAUAUGUCUUGGUCAUUUCUUAGCGAACGUGUUAUGAAUAAGCUGAAUGAGGAACCGUGUCCCUACAAAUGCAGAGUGACUUCUGAUAAAAAGCUGUUUGCAAACAGUAGUGCAGUGAUAUUUCACGCAAGAGAUAUGCCCUCUGUGACAACACUUAAUGAUUUAAUGAGGAAAAAGCCCGUCACCCAAGUCUGGGUUUACUUUAUCAUGGAAAACCCUAUUAACACUCCUCCUCCAUCACAGUUUAAUAACAUGUUUAACUGGACAAUGACAUACUCCUCCAAAUCAGACGUAUUUUUCCCAUACGGACAAUAUUACGCGUCGCCUUCUCCGUCUAUUGCGGACGAUUUUACACAAGGAAAGGACAAGCUAAUCGUCUGGGGGGUGAGCCAUUGUGGCAAACUUCGAGAUAGCGUAGCAAAGAAACUAUCGGAGUAUCUUCCGGUUAACAUCUACGGUGGCUGUGCAUCGAGGUUUCCUAAGCGAACACAGGACGGUACAACCUGUCCACGUUUUAAUCAAGAGUGCGAUGCACUCAUGCUUCGCUUCAAGUUCGCAUUGAGUUUCGAGAAUGAAGAAUGCCCCGAUUACACCACCGAAAAAUACUGGUUUGCGAUACAACGUGGCAACUUGCCCAUUGUGUUGGGAGGAAUCAAUGAUAAUGUUGCCAUUCCAGGGUCUUAUAUUCAUAUCAAGGACUUUCCAAAUAUCAAAGCACUUUCGGAAUACAUCAAGUAUCUGGAUAAGAACCAUACAGCUUACAAUCAGUAUUUUCAAUGGAAGAGAAAAUACAAAGUAAACGCGAAUGCUUUUUCAUAUACUAGGGCGGGAUGCAAUUUGUGCAGUUUGUUGAACACACGAAAAAGUCCUAAGGUUUAUGAACAUCUUGAUCGAUUCUGGGACAGAGGCAUGUGCAAUAGGGAAUCCGAAAAGUUAUUAAACAUAAUUAGCGGGUAAGAGAAAAAGGUUUUCAAACUUUAAGUUUCGCUGUCCUCUGGAACUUUUUGCACAGGCUUAAAAAAUCGCACUAGGGCAGAUCAUCUUUUCAAGUAUAUUCUUUGAAUUCGCACAUGCGGCUCUUAAUCUCUUUGGCAGCAAGAUAAAAAGACAUGGGAAUUUGUAUGAGAAUCCAUGUCCAAUUUACUUGAAACCAUUUGCCUACCCUCACUACCAAAGAGCCACGAACCGGCGACACCAGGGUACAAUUAGCCAGAAUGACCAAUCAAUAUCUAUAUUUUUAUUUGCCUUUUCUAAAGAAAUCUUUUCAUCGUUCUAAACAUCCUGUCGCCUUUUUCGCUCAGGAACACUAUUCUCGCCUUUUUUAAGUUUCACCUUGCUCCCACGGUUCGAUAGAAGGUAGUAAGGAUAAAAGAAUGGGAAGAAUGGGAAGAAUAGGAAGAAGGAAGACUACUGCAGCGGGACGUGAACGGAGAACUUCUCCUUUGAUAUUGUUUAAUUGAACAUAAAAAGGUUUAUUUGCAAGUAUUAUAACUAGAAAAACUAGAUGGUCUGCGUAGGCGUGGUGUAGACAAGGUAUGGAUCAACACAAGGUUGAAAAGGUAUGUAAACGCCUCUGUGAAACAGAGUGGUUGCGCUGACGUUUCGAGCGUUAGUCUUUCGUCGGAGCAACCACUCUGUUUCACAGAGGCGUUCAACAUACCUUUUCAACCUUGUGUUGAUUCGUAUAUUAUUUGCAAGUAAUAUUCCAAAUAAUCAUUCACGAUUAAAGUCUGAUACUUUAUUAAUGA